CAGCCGAUUUUUUAGCAUGAAUAUAUUGCAUGGAUUGUGGAGAAUUCAUGCAAACCACAAUUUUACUUUUCUCAUUUUCCCUCUCGUUCUCUCUCAUACCAUCUUGUUCCUCUGUGUAUCUGCCCGUCUCUCUCUAUCUGAAUUGAAAUUUGCAGACGAGAAUAAUCUUGGUUCCUGAGGCACUUCUUUUUGCUGUCGCUAAGGAACCAUGAAAAAUAACACUCAACAUUCGUCUUCCCCUCCAAGGGAAAAUGAGAAUGCAUGCCAGGCUCCUGAGGAAAGUACCGAUGGGAAGUUCCUCGUAGUUGGACAUAGACUGCUCUAUUCCACUUCUUCCAUCACUCUCUCUGCUGAAGAUUUGAGAGUUUUAGACAUGGAUGAGACCGAGUUAGAAGGGUGCUCGUCCAGUGGAGAUGAUGAUCAAGAAGAAGUGAGUGUCAUCACAACGCUCGUUUCAGAGGCAGAAGCAGCCAAGGCAGCUGAAAAAUCUGACUCCCAAUGGAAAGGGUUCCUCCGAAAGCUGAAAAAGGCCCCCCAUGUGCAUUUUCAGACCUUUCAUCCUUCCAUACCUCACAUUCUUUCGAUAAAGAAGCUUUCUUCGAGAAGAAGAGCUUCCCGGAGCACUCAGAGUUUACCUGACCUCACUACUCAGUUAGACGGGGACUUGUAUUAUUGCUUUGAAACCUCUUGGAAAUGCUUCACUCUUGCAGACCUCAAAGAAGCAACAAACAAUUUUUGCCCAGGAAACUUGAUUGGAGAAGGCGGCUAUUCUGAAGUUUACAAGGGACACUUGGAAGAUGGACAACUAAUAGCAGUUAAGAGGUUGAUUAGGGGAUCACAAGAGGAGAUGACAGCAGAUUACUUAUCAGAGCUCGGCAUUUUAGUCCAUGUCAACCAUCCGAACAUUUCAAGAGUUAUUGGUUAUGGAGUCGAAGGAGGGAUGCACCUUGUUCUUCCGUUAUCCGUUAAUGGAUGCUUGUCGUCUAUGCUAAAAGAUGCAACGGAGAAUUUGACUUGGAAUGUCAGAUAUAAUAUUUCCAUAGGCAUUGCUUCUGGUCUUUGCUACCUUCAUGAGGGGUGCCAACGACGAAUUAUCCACAGAGAUAUCAAGUCUGCCAAUAUUUUGCUAACUGAAGAUCUUCAUCCUCAGAUUUCAGAUUUUGGGUUAGCGAAAUGGCUUCCUGAUCAGUGGACUCACCUUAAUGUUUCGAAUGUCGAGGGCACAUUUGGCUAUCUCCCUCCCGAAUUUUUCCUGCACGGUACAGUCGAUGAGAAAACUGAUGUUUAUGCAUACGGUGUGCUAUUGCUGGAGCUCAUUAGCGGCCGCCCAGCUAUAGACGACCACAAUAAAAGUGUUGUGAUGUGGGCCAAACCUCUGCUACUUAACAAGGGCAUCGAAGAGCUAGCUGAUCCAUCUCUCGAUAGUGAUUACGAUUGGGAACAGCUGAAUCGAAUGGUUAUGGUUGCUUCAUUAUGCAUUCAUCAAAAUUCGACAGAUAGGCCUCAGAUGAGCCAGGUUGUGAGGAUGUUGCAAGGCGAUGAAGGCAUAUUGCAGAGCAAGAAAAAGUUUCAAAAACGGCCUGCACUGAAGAGGCUAUGCCCGUUAGAGAUGAUUACGGAAGAAGAAGCCAACUCAACCAAGCCUUCAUGCCAUAGAGGCGCCAAAAGCGAGCCAUCUUUGGAAGGAGUUGAGGAGACCUUGUAAACUAUUGGUGUAGAGACGAGAGCUGGGAAUGUAUAGUCCUCCUCCCUGUUGCUCGGCUCACGCUUUUCCAGGCGUACUUCCCCUUCGAGUGUACUGUGUAUUGUUAGUUCUGGGGAGGUAGCUGGUAGUUUUCGAUUUGAGAGUUGUGGCAGUGAAACAGCUUGUGUGUUUAUAUGUGUAUUGUUGUAUCAAGCUACCAGCAUUUGCAUAUAUAGGGAAAGAGAUGAAAACAUACUACAUUGGUUGUUGCAUUUUGGUUUUUAAAUUUUUUAUAUUUUCUAUGCUGUAA